UCAGGUAAGUAUUUGACUCUCUCCGAUUCAGAUUUCAUCCACCACAUCCUUUUUAUUAUUGGGUCAUUGAAUUUGAGUAUCCAAUUGGAAUUUAGAUCUAGGGUUCCGAAACCCUCAAAACUCAUGGUUAGAGAGAAAACAGUAGCCUCCUUCUACUGGAGGCUCCGUGAAUCGGCGAAAGCCUCAUCUUGUUCCCCACUGCUGAUAUUCCCGUCGACUUCAGAUGUCGACUCUCUCUGUGCUCUCAAAAUCAUUCUUCAUGUUCUCGAAUCCGAUUGCGUCGGGUACUCGUGUUAUCCGGUGUCUUCCUUUCAGGACAUUCACAAGUACGCAGGGCUGUCGGAGGAGAAUCCGAUUACUAUUCUUUUGAUCAACUGGGGAUGCCACCGCGACCUGAGGAGGCUGCUCGGUUUGUCCCCAUUGUCGCGUGUUUUCGUGGUGGACAGUCACCGCCCCAUUCAUCUGCAUAAUCUGAGUGAGCAGAACGAGCGCGUGGUUGUGCUUUAUACCCAGGAAGAUGAGCUGCUGGGAGAUUUAGCCUACGAUUUUCUUGAUGUCUCGGCUUUGGCUAAUGCGAGUGACUUGAAUAGUGAUGAUGAGCUGGAUGGAGAUAGUGAGAGUGGGGAUGGGGAUGGUUCGAGAAAGAAGAGGAGGGUAUCUGAAGAAGAAGAAGAAGAACAAGGCCCGGAGAAGCUUUUCAAGAGGUUGAAGAAGAAAUACUACCAUUUGGGUACUUUUCAUGGUAAGCCUUCUGGGUGUUUGAUGUAUGAUUUGGCGCAUUCGUUGAGGAAGAAUACAAAUGAGUUGCUUUGGUUGUCUUGUGUUUCUUUGACGGAUCAGUUUGUACACGAUAGGCUCACUGAUGAGCGGUACCAGGCUGCUGUCAUGGAGCUUGAGCAGCUCAUUAUCAGUUCAGGGACUUUGGAGGCUGUGACUUCAGUGACAGAUAGAAUUGCAUUUGAAGAUGUACCUAGGCUGAUGCUGUUACAUGAAUGGAAUUUAUUUGAAUCCAUGAAAUGUUCCUCAUACUCUGCAACCAAAUUGAAGACGUGGAAUGACAAAGGAAGCUCUAGGCUUAUUUUUCUACUGGCAAGGAUGGGAUUUGCGCUCGAGGAUUGCCAACAGAAGUUCCCAUUCAUGAAUGUUGAGGUAAAAAGGAGGAUGAAAGCUCAAUUCGAACAGCUUUUACCUGAAUAUGGACUCACUGAUUUCUACUACUGGAGCUUUUUGCGUAUCCAUGGCUAUGGCUCAAGGGUAUCUGCAGCGGAUGUGGUUUAUGGAGUUACAGCUUUGCUUGAAUCGUUUGUGGAAUCAGAUGGUUCUUGUGCUGCCAAGCAGUUUGGGGUGGCUUAUGAUGCACUGUCAUUGCACAAUCUUGAUAAGCUGAAAGCUGGAAUGCAUAAAGCAAUUCGGGUACAAAUGGCAAUUGCUAGACAAGGAAGUAGAGCCGUAACGAAUAUAAGGACUGGAACGAAAUUUGUGUCGGUGAAACUCGAAGACUCUGUAGAUGCAAAACUAUUGGGGUACCCCCAGGCAUUGACAAAAUUCUGCUAUUUUCUGAUGGAUGCUCUGAAAGAGAAGGGAGCUAGAAUGAAGCCUCUGGUUUGUGCUUGUUUGGCACAAGAUCCCAAGAAGAUGAUCGUAGUUGGUGUUUGUGGGAAGCCUCGAGUCGGAGCAGUCAAAGGAAAUUCAUUUGGACUUGCAUUCCGAAGUGCAGCCCAGGAGAUUUCUGCAGAGUUCUUCCAUGAGAUGUUUGAGUCUUCAUGGAUCAUCCUGGACUCAAAUUCAGUUGACCCCUUUAUGAAAAGCUUGAUGUUGAAUUGUUCUAGAACUUCCCCAGGCAAAAUGUUUUGACUCUACCCUUUAGUUUCUUUGAGCAAGUUGACUGUAAUGCUGUGUUUUCAAGUCACAUAACUGUUUUUUUCUUUUAAUAAAUUUCUCAUUUCUUCAAUCGUCAAUUGUAACAUGUUUCUUUCUUUCAUAUAUGGACUGAACUCGACACUUUGCAGCAAGAUUUUUACUUUUUUUGUUCUCCCUGUAACCAAACUUUCUUCAUUUC